UCCAUUCCGGGAACCGACAUUGCGACUCGACCAUUAUCUUUGUUUUAUUAUCGAUAUGUCUCGAGGUCGAGGAUUCGGUCGAGGGCGGGGGUCCUUUGGGUCUGGUAACCUCCCCCCAAUGGGCCUCACGCAUGCUGAUGUCCAAGCUAUAUCUCGCGAAGCAACGGCCAUGUACCCCUGAUGUCUGAAUUCACCGAGGAUGAAAAGAAAAUGUGUCAAUACCAGAUCGGAUAUGCAACACGACUGAAGCAGUCAGCAUACUACGUCGUGGAGGCGACAAAGUCCAAAGAACUCCCGAAAUAUUCGGACAAGUACCGUUCCUCAAGCGCUACCCAGCCGAAGUUGAAGCGUAAAGAUCUCCACCAGGAAUUUUUCCCCAAAGAUAUCUUUGAAGACUAUUUCAAUCCCAGGCGGAGAAAAGUUCCCAAGAUCAAAAAACAAGGGAAUUUUUCUGUUAACUUGUCCGACUUUGAAGGAUCUGAAAAAUCGGCAGACGAUGCCUCAGAGCUUGCAUCGCAAGGCGAUGGCUCUGAUUAUGACGUUGAUGAGGAAUACGACAACGACUAUGCGGACAACUACUUUGAUAAUGGCGAAGGAGAUGAUAUGGAUGAUUUGGGUGGAGGAGGUGGCGACGGAGGUGGAGACUAUGAUUGACCGUAAAUGCAGGACUUGUUUCCCCUAUAUGCGGUCACUUUUCAAUGUUCAAGUCGGCUUACGUCCAAUGAAAUUUAUUGCAUCUUCCCCCAGAUGACAUCAGAAACCCUUCUGUACUUUUUUUUUUUCGAAAAAAAUGACUGAACAAUAUCUAGAGAAGAAAGUACUUCAAGUAAACAAGAUGGUCCGGCUCCGUAAAAUAUCAACUAAUAAUAACCGCGAAUGAACUCCUACAAAAUACUUCCA